AUGAAUGCCUAUAUGAUUUACGGUAUGAUGCAAGCUCCAACAAUUAGCCUAAUUGAUUGUGUUAAAGAACCCACUAGUAUUCAAUGGUCACGUUUAACACGAACAACCACGCAAUCAAAAUUUGAUAAAGCAACAGAACAAAAGCAUGAAGAUACACUACAAAGUUUACUGAUAAACAGAAACAAUAUCUCCACAAAUAAAUUCAAUGAUAGUAUUACGCGUGGUAUAAGAUGGAAAUCAGAAGCUGUCGCAUUUGACAUUCAACAAUCCAAAACAAAUAAUGGCAAAUUCAUGUUUACUGUUGAAAAACUUAUGAAACCAUCACAAAUCCGAUCAUUUUUUUCACGAUUAAAGUGUUUACGACAGACGACAAAAGAUACUAAACCAAGUGAACCUGAAAGUGAUAUUGACGAUGAGGAAGAAGCGUAUUAA